AUGGGUAGAACGAUUGUUGCUAAAAUCACUGUUCUUCUCAGUGUGUUCGUUUGUUUAAUUUAUUUAUCACUUCAUACGCCGAGUGGAAAAGUGGCCGAAAAUACGAGAUGUACAGAGAAAGGAUUAUUAAAUUGCUUUGCUACCACACCAAAACAGAGUGGGCGAAAAAACACCUCGAAUAUAAGAGACAGAAUUAUUUUCCCCUCCACUAAACCGUCGAACACUCAGUCCAUGAAAACAACAAAGAUUCCAACCAAGUCUGCAGAGAACAGAAUAAGUUUUACCACACACACAACAGAAAGCGUCAGACAGAUAUAUGGUGUCGGAUGCAAGAUUAACCAUGGACAAAAAGGUUUCCCAACUUUAAUGGAAUAUUGGGUAGAUGUCGCUGCCAGAAGAAACAUUAAAGAUUAUUUCAUAUGUUUUGGAUCACUGCUGGGUAUUUGGUUACAUGGACAGCCCAUACCGUAUGAUCAUGAUAUGGAUGUCUGUAUUUUCAGGUAAGGAAAGUAGAGAAUAGAAAUAUUAGGAUUGAGACUGAAUUUUCAGACGUUCUGAUGAGUGUUCAAGUCUGAAUAUAUAAGACUUUAGAAGACAAAAAUACUACAUUUCAAUAGACUUUUCAUAAUGACGUCACAAGGCUUGAUGCCCGCGAGGAAUGCUGGUCAUAGUAGUCGACGUCCGGGAAAAUUUCAAUAGUGACCAUUUUGAAUUGUUUAAUUUUCCUGGGCGGUGACUACUAAGACCAGCAUUCCUCGCGGGGAUCAAGCCUUGUGACGUCAUUAUGGCUUAGGUCUAUUGCAUCUGUAGUGUCUACAUAGAAUGACAUGCUUUAUAAAUACUUUAUCCAUUUUUGUAGAAAAGAUUUCCCAAAGUUGGACCCAGAAGAAGCGCAAAGGCCUUUUAAUUACGAUGAUGGAAAACCCCACCUAAUAAUCCAGAGGUCCUCCCCCCACUCCAAGUCAGGCACACCCCGCCGUGAUUGUAAGGGAAACUUCGUCAGCCACCGCAUCGACCCUUGUUCUAUCUUAGACCCGCACGCCCGCGUGUUGUUAGGCAGCCAUUCUUUUUUGGAUAUAUUUGUGCUGGCGGAUAACGACUCCACUUUGUUCGACGAGUACGAGCGCAUCACGUAUGCACGUGACGUCAUCUUACCCGUCAUGCCAUGCAAGUUUCUUGGAAUGUCUACCAACUGUGCAAAUAAGGUGCCUGAGUAUCUCGCUAAGAAUUAUGGGAAGGAUUUUAUGAAACCAUACAAGGUUUGUCGACAUGGGAGUUGGGAGAGAAACAAGCACUGAGCUCUAUGUACACUGGAGUGAGAACUCGAGUGAAGCCAGCUUCGUGUUAACCGCGCAGACAAAAACAAUAGUAAGGGACUGGAACUGAUGUCCUUUGGCUUUUUCAAUUUCCACCAUCUUGGCAAGGAAUGUGCCGAAAUUUCGUAUGUUUUGGAAACAGUAGUAGCCGGGUUACACGUCAUAUCAGGCCAUCUAAAUAAAUAAAGUUUUUAAAUAAAGUCUAUCUAUUUUUGUUCCCAGGACCACGCAUAGUGUUCGACGUCAAACAGCACGUGAAUUAUCAUUAUUUCUUAAGGCUGGUUUACACACCAAAUUUUAUGUCAUCACAGCAAGAGUUUUCCAUAUUUUAAUUCUACGUCAGUUUGAAAGAUUUGUAGACACAUUUGAGGGAACUGACUCAGAGUUAAAUACUGAGUUUGUGCCCUCAAAAAACAUUUCUUACAAAUCCUUCAAAACUUAGAAUUUACCUAUGCAAAAUUCCUACUGUGAUCACAGAAACUUUGAUAGUGUAAACCAUCCUUUAUAACACUCAGUAAGUUUCCUCAAACAUUUCUUACAAAUCCUUCAAAACUUAGAAUUUACCUAUGCAAAAUUCCUACUGUGAUCACAGAAACUUUGAUAGUGUAAACCAUCCUUUAUAACACUCAGUAAGUUUCCUCAAACAUUUCUUACAAAUCCUUCAAAACUUAGAAUUUACCCAUGCAAAAUUCCUACUGUGAUCACAGAAACUUUGAUAGUGUAAACCAGACUUUAUAACACUCAUUAAGUUUCCUCAAACAUUUCUUACAAAUCCUUCAAAACUUAGAAUUUACCCAUGCAAAAUUCCUACUGUGAUCACAGAAACUUUGAUAGUGUAAACCAGCUUUAAAUCGGCCUUUACAAAACUACAGCUUGAACUAAAAUAACUUUAUUCAUACUGCAUUGGUCUAUCAGUUGUGUCCAAGCAUUCUCUCUACAGAGUUCAAUUGAGAAGCAGUGUUACUACAGGAGCAAACCGUAAUUAAACUAACCAUAUAUAUGCAUGUAUACUGGAUCGCUCUAUUUUGAUCUUAGGGCAAGGAAGAACUAGUAACAUUACAAACCCGAUUGCUUGCCGAAGCUGGAUCGGACGUCCGAACUAACCUCAUGACAGUGUUCGGAACUCCCGAACAGAUUACGAGUGUUGGCGAAGGGCAAUUACUUGAUGCUCUAGACUCGAAGUACGACACACUACGAGAUAAACUGCUGUCUGAGGCUUUGAUGAAAGAGAUGGGAGCUGCUGAAUGGCAAGCGUUGAGCGAGCAGGAGAGACAGGCGAGACUUGUGAAGAUGAAACUUGAAGAACGGAGGCUAAGACGAGAAGGUAAAGAUUGCUUUAUUAGCGAG